CACACACACACACACACACACAUACACACACACACACACACACACACACACACACACACACACACACACACACAUUCACCACUCACACACACUCACAUACGGAGACACGAGGGUUAUUGAGUGCACUUCAGGAAAAUCAUAAACAUCCAGCUGGUGACAACUGGGCACCAUGAUUAAGCGCAAACUAAGUUUUAAAUGGUUUGGAAGUCUUUCCAACCUGUCUUUUCGGCGCAAAUCGGAUGCGGCGAAGGAUGACGCACAAAAAGAUGACCCUCCAGACAAACCUUCAGCCAGCGAGACGUCCAUCGACGACCUGGACGCUCGUCCUCGCUGCCCUAGCUACGUCCGCUCAAGCGACAUGUACACCCAUAUCAGCACCAUGCCUCGCCAUCAGAAACAGAAAGAGAAGAGCAUCAAAGGUAAAAACCAAGAGCAGAAAAGCGCUAAAACUAAAUCCAAGACCAAAACCGGUCAACUGAGCCGGAGCCAAAGCAUGAAACCCUCAAUGGACUAUGUGUGUGAAUCUCCUCUGAUGACUGCACUCUCUGGAAAGGGUUUCUCAACCCUGGAAAGAAGUCCUGGAGACCCCGAGCCCACGCCAACCAACACUGAAGAAGAUAAAACCAAAGAUGUCCCUGGUUCAACAGUUGACAUAACAGUUCCCAGCCUACCAGUGGCCAAAGUCCAACCCAUCCAAAAACAUUCCCAACCCUCUGAAGCCCAAAAACCACAAUAUCAAGCUGAGACCACUGACCAGUGUCGUAUAGCUCCAUCAACUGAAGGUCCAAAGCCUUCAAGAGAUCAUGAUAUUCCACAGGAUGUUCCUCAGAGCAUGCAAUCUGAAGAUAAACCAAUGUUACCAACAAAGCGCGUUUCUAAAAAGGCCUCUGUAGAGCUGAUGACCCAGAAGGUCAGCAAUCUCACAACCUUGCCUGAGAAGAUGGAUGAAAAGGAGGAGAAAAUGGGUGUGGGCUUUGAAGAAGUGAACCAAAUUGAAAGUCUAAUGGACACCACAGACAACCGAGGAGAAUAUGUGGAGUUCUCCAAGGAGAAGUACCUGCUGGAAUCUCCACCAGAGAAGCUGCGGAAGGAGCUGGAGGAGGAGCUGAAGCUCAGCAGCAGUGACAUGAGGAGCCAUGGCUGGUACCAUGGCCGCAUCCCACGAGAGGUAUCGGAGUCUCUGGUGAUGAGAAGUGGUGAUUUCCUGGUGCGCGACUCCCUGGUGAACGCGGGGGAUUAUGUGAUCACGUGCCGCUGGCAGCAGGAGGUGGUUCACUGUCGCAUCAGUAAGGUUCUUGUGAAAAGCUCACAGACGCGAGUGCAGUACCUCCUGGAGCACGAGCCGUUUGACUCCGUGCCCACGCUGGUGCGGCACCACGCUGGCACCGGCCGGCCCGUGUGCCCCCGCUCCGGCGCCCAGCUGCUGUGCCCGGUGAACCGCACGCUGCCCCUCAGGUACCUGGAGGCAACCUUCGCCCUGGCCAGCAGCAGGUCAGGAUCUUCACAUUCACCCUCCAGCCCCCGGGGGGCGCACAUCAAGAGACGCAGCGUCACCAUGACCGACGGCCUGACCACCGAGAAGAUCAUCCCACACAGUGAUGAAACACCUCCAGAGCCGGCCGAGCCGCCGGUUUCAGAACCUGAAGUGAAGACGGAGCAGAGAUGCAGCUGCCCCUCCACUGUUCACCAUAAGGAUGCCAUGAGGAACUGCGCUCUCAGCAUGGAUCAGAUACAGGAGUUCCGCUGCCCUCUGAGCCCUGUAGGGGAAACCCCACUGUCACCUGCAUACAGCGCCAUUUCUCGCCACAGACACGGCUCAGGUGGGCGUGUCUUAGCUGUAAUCCCGCCCUCUCCGGUGAUGCGUCGCUCCAGUGACCCCCACCUCUCCCCCUCCUCCUCCAAUAAUAACCUGCCCUGCUCGGACACGCCCCCUGUACACACCCAUGCCACGCCCGCCCACAGUUUUCCCUCGGACGGUUCGGAGGCGGGGGGUAGCUACUGUGAGCUCCGCCCCUGCCCGCCCCCGACUCCGCCCUGUAAGAGCUAUGUGGAGCGGCUGAGGGUGGAGGAUUGCAGGGCUCCGGGUUCCUCAGCUCCUGAUGGAGGUGAGGGCUUCUCCCUCCCCCAGGUGGAGACCGCCUCCUCCUUCAGGCCGGGCCGGUACCAGUCCGCCGUGCUGCCAGCUGAGAAUAAACCCCUGGAGAUGGGGGUGCUGAAGCGGGUGAAGGAGCUGCUGGCGGAGGUGGACCCCAAAACGGCGGCUAAACACAUCACCAAGGCCGACUGCAUGGUUGCUAGGAUACUGGGCGUUACCAAGGAGACGCAGAGGAUGAUGGGAGUGGGCUCGGGGCUGGAGCUGCUGACUCUUCCACACGGACAUCAGCUGAGACUGGAUCUGCUCGAGAGGUUUUACACCAUGUCCAUCAUGAUGGCUGUUGAUCUGCUGGGCUGCACAGGAAGUACGGAGGAGAGAGCUGCUCUGCUCUACAAAACCAUCCAGCUCGCCGCUGAGCUGAAGAGCACCAUGGGAAAUAUGUUCGGAUUCGCCGCCAUCAUGAGAGCCCUGGACCUACCACAGAUCGCACGGCUGGAGCAGACGUGGAUGACGCUGAGACAGAGACACACAGAGGGAGCCAUCCUGUACGAGAAGAAGCUCAAACCCUUCAUCAAGGCCAUGAAUGAAGGCAAAGAAAGCUCAGUCCUGUCCAGUACCUGUUUCCCCCACGUGGUUCCGGUGCUGUCGCUGAUGGAGAGGGGCGUGGCUGUGGGGGAGGGGCUUGAGCCCUGGGAGAACUCAGACUGUGGUGUGGACGUGGUGAUGAGCCACCUAGAGGCCGCUCGCAGCAUUGCACAUCACGGAGGCCUGUACCGCACCAACGCUGAGAGCAAACUACAGGAUUUUCAGGAGCGAGAGGAGGUGUUGGAGAUCUUCUGUACGGAGUUUCAGAUGAGGCUGCUCUGGGGGAGUCGAGGUUCUGAGGGCAGUCAGGCCGAACGCUACGAAAAGUUCGAUAAAGUCCUCACGGCUCUUUCCCACAAACUGGAGCCUCCUGUUCGCCACAGCGAGCUAUAGCACCUCCCCAAACCCCGCCCACUCCCCCCUGCAUCCGCAUGUGGUACGAUCCAUCACCUCACUGUUCCCCCACAGCUGGGAGAGACAAUUACCAAAACGGGGGAGGAAUAAAAAACAAAAAAUAUAAAAAAGGCACAAAAAAGGGGGCAAGCUUUUCCCAGGCAUGACGGAACAUGAUGCCCCCUUCAGGACAGAGCUGAGAACUACAGCCAGAGUGCAUUUUUAUAAAAAGCCAAAAUCGGUAACACUUAAAAAUAAAAAUAAGACUACCUUUAUAAAGGGUUUAUGAAUGGUUUAUAAAUUAGUUUAUUAAUGGUUAUUAAUUAUGUUGCAAAUACUUUAAAUAUACUUUAAAAUAUAUAACACAUUAUUAGAAAUGGCAACAGUGAGCUGAAAAUGAGAAAAAUAAUGAUUCCACACUCAUUUGUGUACUGUCACACCUCAGAUCUUUCUAGAUAUUGAUUUUACUUUGAUGGAACUUGGUUUUCCACCAAUCAGCAUUAAACCUGUCAUAUUAAUAUAUUUCUAAGUAUGUUUAACACUUUACCAUAAAUUAAAUGACUAAGGAAAGUAAGUAAGUAAUCUUUAUUUAUAUAGCACCAAUCUAGAGCACCUCACAAAGUGCUUUACAGACAGAAUUAAAUACCUCAUACAUACAUAUACAUAUGUACAUACAUACAUGUACACAUACACAUAUACAUAUACACACAUAUAUACACAUGCAUACACAUACAUACAUAUAAUAAAAAAAUAAAAGUAAUCUAAAACACAAAAGAACAAAACCAAAAUAGCAAGUAAAAUAACAAAGAAAAGAAGCAAAUAAUCAAGUAAAUUCCUUAUUAAAAGCGAUAGAAUAAAAAUGAGUCUUUCUGUUGCUUUUUGAAUUAAUGUGUUUUAACUGCUUAAAAAAACAAUGGUUUUUAAGGCAUUUACAUUCAAUCAAUAAUAAAUAAUAAUCAAAUUUAUAAAACAUUUAUAAAUCCUGUAUAAAUUUAGUCUUAUUUUAAAGUGGUACCCCAAAAAUCUCCUUCAGUUGGAUGCUCUGAUUAAAGGAGCUUAAGCUGAAGUCAUCAAUCUUCAGGAACAAGGAAGAGGAGGAGGAAGAGGAAGAGGAGGAGUUUAAUUCUUCAGAUUGGACACUUCCUGAGGGAUUUCAGACUGCAUGAUCAUCACACUGCACCGGUCAGCGCUGGGAUGCUUGCAGAAACAUCACACACACUUUCACACACACACACACACACACACACACUGAUGCGGGUCAAACACUCGCUCACUCAUCAGAUGUUUGAAUGUAUGUUGCCAAAUCUCAAUACCCUGAAUGAACACUUGCUAGACCAGGAAAAAGUAAAAAAAAGUCUUAUUUUUUAUGUUUUAUAAUCAUUUUUAUUUUAUCUUCAUUUCAAGGUAUUCGAGGGGCAGUGUGUAGCACGCAGUGUGAGAGUUUAAUGGAGAAAAAAACAUAAACAUGAAUUGAAAUAAUGAUCCUGAUUUUACCACAUAAUACGUAAUAUCACAGUAAGGCUAUCAUUCACAUGAAUGUCACAUGAGGUUGAAGCGUGCUCUUAAUGAUAAAGGAUCCAAAGUGACCCAAGUAUAUUUAAAUGAAAAAGAGUCUAAAAUUAUGAACAAUAAAUAAAUUAAAAAAUAAUUAAAAUAAAGGAUACAAGAAAUAAUAAAGAUAAUGGAAGAUUAAGACAGUAUGAAAUUAACCAAUUAAAAGAAAUUAAGAAAGUAAGAUUAAGAAAUGGAGGGAAUAGCUUAAUUAUUAAUUAACCAAAAUCCAAAAUAUAAUAAGUAAAACCAGAGUAAGAGUAAGAAAUGAGUAAUAAUAAUGAGAAGAAGAAGAAGAAGGAGAAGAAGAAGAAGAAGAAGAAGAAGAAGAAGAAGAAGAAGAAGAAGAAGAAGAAGAAGAAGAAGUAAUAAACAAACAAAUAAACAAUUAGAUAAAAUAAAACAAAAUACAUUAAAUUAAAUAAACAGUAAAAAGGUGGCAGGUUAGAAAUUACAAUUAUUUUAAUAAAAUAUAUAUACAUUUAUAUAAAACAUACUGUAUAUUCUGUUUCUGUAAUUCAUUCUCUGACCUCUCUUUAAUCAAUAGAAUUGAAUUCUUAUCUAUUCUCCUGUUUUAAUGCAUCACAUUCUAGUCAAUAUAACUGUCAGUGCUGGAACGCUCCUUAUAACUUCAGUGUAAAUGGGCAGGGCUUUUUUUUUUGCAAUGUCAGAAAAAAACUUUCUAUUUACAUAUAUCCAUCUAUAUAUAUAAAUUCCAUUUAAUCAGUGUUUCAGUUUUUCUAUUAUUGUUUUUAUUAUAAUGAGUUUUUUAAUAAUAAGUUUGAUAAUAAUAAGUAUUUAUUUAUUUACUUUAAACUUUAAAAAAGUCGUUUUUCACUACUAAUUUUACAAUCAUAUCAAUUAUUGUGGAACAGUCUUUAUAAAAGUUUAAGGGAACAUUUAGCUUCACAGUUGUUCUGUCUGGAGGAGGAGCUGCACACUGCCCCUGUAAUCCUGUAAUAUUUUUUUCUGUAUGAAAGACCAUGUUUUAAUUUUUGUAUUUUUUGUAUUGUGCAUAAGUACGAGUGGCUCAUGGCUUAUAUUUCUGCUGCUCUGAAGAUCAUCAUCACCUGGAUCAGGUGUGUUAUAAGAGUCAGUGCAUGGAUAUAAUACAAUGUAAUUUUUAUUAUUAUAAUUUUUUUGUGCAGGUGGAUAAUUCUUUUGUUUUGUUUUGUUUUUGUGCGGGUGGAUAAUUCUUCAGUUUUUUGUUUAUUAAUUUAAAUAUUUAGCCUAAUCACAGGAAUGGUUUGGUAAAAAAACAUCAAAUUUACACAUCAAAUUUGAUACAGUUGAUACGACUAUAUACAAAUUUACCCGUAAUUGUAAGUCAAGGUUAUCCAAAGCACUGACUCUGAAUCAGUACAGCAUACAGCAGAUAUAUGAGCUUUUUUUAUUUUAUUUGAACAUUCGUUUAAAACAUUGUUUUAUUUGAACAUUGAAUCAUAAGCUGCAGUUCUUUAUUGUGACCAGAAGGUGGUGACAACAUCUUAAAGUGAAGCUGUUAUUCAAACAGUUUUGUUUUAUUUGAAUAUUCACUUUUUUGUGUUAAAGUUUGAGGUUUGGUUGGAUGGUGUUGGGUUGGGAUUUUUUAUUUACUGUAUUUGGCUUUAAACCAAGUCUACUAUUUCCAGUGUCAGCAAGGGCCUUCAUUCUGGUACCAAUGUCUAGGAAUGACACAACUCAAAGUGAUAUACCUCCGUCAGCAGCAGCAAGAUUAUUGUAAUUCUCAUAGUUUCAUAUCUCAAUUUCCCACCCAAAAAAACUAAAAUGUCAUGUAUUUAUUUCACAAGGGAACACGUUAGCUCAGACUGGCAGUCUGCCGCUAUUUACAGGCAGUCUGUUAAAGAUUAUUAACAGGGAAAUCCUGAUUCUGGAGGCUCUAUUUCAGGUAUUUUUUAUAAAGGGUGCACACGUUAAAAGCAAUUAGCGCUGUGGAGAUCUGGAAGUUUCGAGGAUUGGAGAUGCUCCGUAUGCAAUUCCACUCCAAGCCAGCAGAGGGCUCUGUACAGCAAGCAAAAACCCCAGGCCUGAGGAGUUCGGACGUUUGGACUGUGAGUUGCGUUUUGUUUUUUAACGAUGCUUACUGGUCUGGGACUCGUAACGUUAGUUCGGACUCGCUUUUUCAUGUACAGAUGGGUCCAUAUGAGCUUAUUUCAUGAUGUAAAUAGUGGCAGGACUCUGGACUGGACUGGAUUGGUGGAGAAAAAGGGCGUGUCGGUUGUUGUGGUUGCAUCCUCUUUCUUAUGUGCUGUACAUACGAUUACAUCAUACGUUUUUCAAUCUUUUUUCCAGGAAAUAAAAGACGGUAAGCUUG